UAUUGACCUUUUAAAUUACAAAGAAACUAUGAUCAUGCUGGCACAUGAAGUAAAAUCUGGAAAUGAUUAAAAUAUAUAUUUUAGCAUGAUAAACUCUUCCACUUACAGCCAAAAUUAAUUAUCAUCAAAAUAUACUGUAUGAUUAGAAAUUACAGAUUCCAGUUUUCUUUACUAUGGUAAUAAUCAAUAAAACUGAUUUAAAAAAUAGUGUUUAGGUAGAAAUUGAACAUUCAGAACGUUACUUUCUAAAGCAGGAUACUUCAGUGCCUUAUCUUCAGUGUUUUACCUUAUUUAAAACUGGUGACGUUCAACCACAAGUUUCCACUGACUGUAGAUAAUCACUGAGCAUUUCCGUAGUUGUGCUUUUAAGGGGGGACUUGAUCAGCCUUUUGAUAAAUAAAUAUUAAGAUCAUUAUAAAAAGGAAUUUUUGAAGAUUGAAGAUCUAAAUAAUUUGUGUGAGUUUUUGAAGGCAUCAAGUGGACUAUAAACCCACUGUUUAUUAUUACUCUUUGUAUAUUUCUCUUCAGUGUGCUGGCAGAUAACGGCAAAAUGGACUCAGGCGUAACUUGCAAAGAUCUUCUUCCGUUGAUGUACGGCAUCAUCUGCUUCCUCGCUGCUGUAGUUCUUUUUCUCCUCAUACUUCUGUUUAAAAUGUUCCUCUCGAUGCAAAGUGAUAUUAAAAGAGAAAACACCCACAAAACCAGCGACACAGGAGAAUCAACUGCUUUGUGUCAGAAUAAUGCUUUAAGCUUUUCUCCUACUUCAAAUGAUGGUGCGGAUAAUUCAUCCUCUACUAGCUCUGAUGGCUCGCUGCCGGAACUUUCUACUGGCUCUCAACGAUACGUAAGCCUUGAAGAACGUCGUAAAAAUUCUGACUACAUAAAUGUUUCAGAAACAGCUUCCCUUGGACUAGUGGACUUUAACAACAAAAAAACAGAUAUAGACUAUGUGAAUGUUAAUGAGUCCAGACAGAAAAAGACGAGAAGAAAAGGCCAAGCGAGCUGUGAUGACGGUACCACAAGUAUUAGCAGCGACGAAUCUACUUUGAAUUACUCCAAGGUGCACUUUUUGUGCAUUUUUCAGAUCAUAAAACACCACAUCCUGACAGGAAGGAACCAGAUAUGCGUCUGUGAAAGUCUAACAGUAAUAAAAAAACUUCUCUAAAUGUGCAGUCAUCAAAUGCUGUACUGUGGUAACAAACAUGCCCCCCUUUUCAGCAUCGACACUUGCUGUUCCACCACCAAGCACAAGUUUUCAUUUAGGGCCUGAGGGAAACCAUUAAAAUCUCACAUGAUGUAAUGUGCUGUCUCUCAGGAACAUUGUUAUAAAAGAACCAGUUUUAAAUAUAACUUUGAUGUGUCCCAGUACCACCAUAUUUAAUAUUUGACAUUUACAGCUUUAAUACUUGAUAUUCACGUCCCAUCAACUUGCACUGUCAGUGUCCCACCACUUGGUGGUGUCAACAGCUCUGCAUGUGUUACUAUAUGACGAUGUAGUAAACACUAUGAAAAGGUGUUAAACUGUGAUGUUAUUUGUUGGACAUUUCAACAUGAGCCAGUGCUGAGAACACACUGUAACAAAUUCAAUGUUAUAUCAUCAUUCUAAUUUUAAGGGCAACCCUAACCACACAUAAAAACACAGGCUCUUAAAAUAACCAAAGAGGACUGUAACAGUCACCAUCUUAAUUCUGACAAGGCUCAGAUGUUUAAAUAACUAGACGAGACAUCAAAGUUCCUAGAAACGCUUCUAUUUUGAGUUAGCGUUUGAAUUAAAUUCAUUACAAAAAUAGUUGAGUAUGGCAGCGCUCCUUUCAGGUACCGCACAGAGAUUUAAACGUUUGUGUGACUGCUUCCAGAAUGGAAUAACAGAGAAUUUAAAGUGUAUGUCUUCUGCUAUGUUUCUGUGUCAUGGAGGCUUUGCAACAAAUAUGCCGCCUGCAUGUGGUUCUGUUUAAGGUUGAAAUACAGUUCAUUUCAUAACAGAUGCUAAAGUUGACGAGUGUUCCAUCUUCCUUAACAUCCGACUAAUAAUGGCCUUUGAGCUGUCUGUUUCAUUAAAUACUCAGCUGCGAGCAUCAUGUCGUUAGUCCAAGAUAUAGAGUGUUCUUAAUUAACUUUCAAUAAAACCAAACCUUUUUCUUUAUAAAAAAGAGUCAUUGUCACAUAAUCAAACAUUUAAUUACAAAAAGUGCUUUUCCACAGGCAGUAAAAAAGAGAUUGACUAUUGCACAAUGUAAGCCAGUGACACAAGAUUCCAAUCAUUUUUGGCACAUCCACAGAGGUUUGGCCUGUGAAAAUUGGUGGUUUGGGUUAAACAACAGCACUGUUUUCAGAAAUCUCCACCAAAAAAUCGAUUCUCUCAAUAUAAACCAUACAAAUGCUAAUUGCAUGUUCUGAUAUUUAAACACAAGCAUUUAUCAAUGCAUUGCUUAUAAGCCAGUGUCAUCAAAUUAAGCUGUAAAACUUGCAGUAUAAACAACCGAUGAUAGAAAGGGGAAAAAAAGAGCAGUGGUAAAUAUCAAAUGUUGUAAGCUGUCUUAAAAAUGUCUUAAUAGCUUAAAUGUUUGAUGUUGAAGGCUUCAGAAUGUAAAUGGUAUCGCAACGGCUUCAUGAUCGAAUAAAUAAUAAAAAAACUGGAAUGAGUAAACUUCCCUGGCCUUAUUACCACACCGUUUGAGACCUUUUAUGGUUAAUUUCAGUUUAAACACAUCUUACUCAUUUGGAUAGUGAAUAAAAAGGAACUAAUGUCAAACUUAUGUCUCCUUGACAAAAAUGCUAUUGGUCUCGUAAAAUCUUCAAAUAACAAGCAUCCUUUACAGCUUCCUUGCAUCCCAGCAUGAUGCAUUAUAUAAAUACAUUAAUGCAAGUGUUUUUAUUGGACAAUUCACCCAAACUUUGACUUGGAUUCUUCUGUGACACGCAACAGGAAACGUGUCCCAGUUGCCGUUUUUCACAUAGUUACUCCAUAUGGAAACACGAGGGUGUGUACAUAACAACAGCAUUUUCAUUUUUCAUUCUUUGCACAUACAUCUGCCCUUAAUAUUUUAUUAUUAAAGUCAUAUGUUAGAGGAGAGAAGCAGC